AUGCGCAUGUUUUUCAAAAUGGCUGUCACAUGGAACGAAGUAAAGCCUUGUCUUUCUGGUUCAGUUUUAAAUAUCAUAGACAAAUUUGGCUUCAGUUCCAUGACUCCGGUACAGGUAUACAAAAUGAUAAUCUUACUACUGCCCUAUGACGGGCAUUCUGUAAUGGUCUUAACCCUCGGAUUUUUUACUCAGGCAGCCACCAUUCCACUUUUUAUGUCAAACAAGGAUGUUGCAGUUGAGGCGGUAAGUUUGAUUUGUAAAUUUGUAAAUUUUUUUUAGGACAAGUGACUCAUCCUAAGCCCAUUUAUAAAGGCCAUCGUUUACCUGGCUUUGCUAUAGAAUACAGGGCGACUUUCUUGAGUCCCUGUACGUGAGGGGUUUUAGGGAUAAGGCAUUUUAUUGGCAUAUGUAUAAUGUAUAGAUACAGCUUCUAUAAUUUCAGAAUAGAUGACAUAAUGCUCUCUACGUAUACUGCUGUUCACCUCAUUGUUACUUUUAUUAAAUUGUUUUAAUUUCAAUGUCAUUUGGCUUUUCUUAUUGUAUCAGAUGUUAUCAAAUUAUUGUGAAUUCUCUUCUGAGUCCAGUUCGCCACUUUAGAAAUGAAAAGGAAACUGGACCAAGUUACUUUUCUCAAAGACUUUUGAGACUGUUACCAUAAAAUUCCGAAAAUAAGCCCCUCCUAGUAUAAGCCCCUCCAAAUAUAAGCCCCCCAAACGGAUGAUGCAAAAAGUCCCCUGUUAAAUCGCCCCUCCAAAUGGGCAAUUCCAGAAAAUAUCCAUACCCAACCACGGACGGCUUCAUGUUUUAACCCCCCCUUGCCUUCGGAAAUUCCAAAAUGCGCUACCCCCCCAUGCCCUCAGAAUUCCAUAGUCGUGAACCCCCCCUCCCCUUCAGAAUUUCCGGGUUUUUUUGGAAGUACAUUUUCGACUUAGCAACGCCUAUAAGAACAAACGAACAUGAAUUUAUGCCUCCUCAAGGCUGUGAUCUAGCGGCGCCAGGUGACAAGCUUUACUCUUCAGUGACAAGAAAAACCUACGCUAGUUGCCAGGUCGUGCAAACUCCUUUUUAAGUCCGAAUUUGGCUAUAAAAAUAAACACCACUUAAGGUAAUUUUACUCCUCUUUGUUUUCUUGUGCUGUUAGCUCAAACAGACUGUUAAAAUCUUUUGGCGGUCAAAUAUACCGUCGAGUCGUGUUGCGUCCUUUUAUACGUCAUGUAGUGCGCACAAAAAGCGUUCUAAUCUGACAGGCGUUCCUUGGAAGUGAGGGACUGGUGCGAGUUUUUUUACUCUUUAUCGGACGGUUUCGGACGGGAGUAACAAGAAAUUUGCAAGCGGUAUUAAAAGAUACAUUUUCAGUUUUUAUUCACGUGACAAGAAAUUCAUCAAGGUAAAUGUGAAACCAACGUUUUACUGUUCACUUCUAUAAGUUGUGAGCGUAAACACGUGUCUGAUCUAUCGAUGCUUGUCUUCUGCUUCCGCGGUCAUACGUUCGUGGUUUAUUUACGAACUACAAAAGUCCACAACAAUAGCGUUUUCCAGGAACUUACUAGAUACACUUUCUACUCCAGAAAUCCCACCUGUGGAAUUCCCCCAUACCUUCGGAUUUCAAAUCGUAAAUACCCCCCCCCAUGCCUUCAGAAUUCCAUAAUCGUGAAUCCCCCCUCCCCUUCGGAAAUUCUUAAAGCCGUCCGUGGUAUGGUAUGGAUAUUUUCUGGAAUCGCCCAAUAUAAGCCCUCCGGGGGCUUGUACUUGGAAAAUGCCCUCAAAUACUAAGUGAAACAAAGCAAAAACGGUAAAUGUACUUCCAACUAUAAGGCUAGCCCAAUCGAUUGUGAAACGCAAAUUUCGCUCUGUGAAUAAGCCCUUCCAAAUAUAAGCCCCUUCAAAAAUAAGCCCCUCAAAAAGGGCCUUUGAAAAAUAUAGGCCCCUGGGUUUAUUUUCGGAAUUUUAUGGUAUUUGGAACGGGAAAAAAAUUGGCCAAUAGCUGAUGACCGCAUCCUCAGUAACAAUCCCAGAAACCUUUGCAUGACGCUUUUCACCUCCAGUUUCCUUCUUGUUUGUAAAGUGGCAAAAAUUAUUUUUGCAUCAUUAAUUCACCUUUUGCUUGAUCACAUCAGCUUAUUUCCUUCUUUAUAGUGGUCUGAUGUUUCCUUUCUUACCUUAAAGUGAUGUUACAGGAGAUGAUUCGCAUUGACAAUUUUUAACGCAAUGAAGCUUGACAACAUUGCUGCAACAUUGUUUUGAAUGAUUACUACAUGGUUCCAACUUUUCAAUGCUCUGUUGCACUAAAAUUGUUGUUACAAAUCCUCAUUUGUAACAUCACCAGUAGACAAGCUCUUAAGCUCUUAGGGGAAACCAUGUAAAUGUGCUAAAAUAAUUUUCACUUCAUGAUAAACAGAGCCUUUAAAACUAAUUCAACUUGAAAUUGUGUCAUUGUGAUUUAGGUUACAGGAUCUGGAAAAACUUUGGCAUUCUUGAUUCCUGUUGUUGAAAUUCUUCUCAGAAGGUACAUGUAAUAAUUAUUCUUGAUAAAUAGUACUGACAGUGAAUAACUGACAUAUCUAACCUGCCAAUAAUAAUUAUUGUUAGAGUAUAUAAUAUCUUUGACAUUUAUUUUCUAAAUUAGAACUCCAAAAUUUGGAGAUUCCAUGAAAACCCUGAAGAUUGACAAAUCUAGGUAAUAUUUACUUCCUUUGUGGUAAUAUGCCCCUGUUUUGUCGUGGAUUAUAUCUUACUCCCAGUUGAUUAAGGGCUACAGAUGUACAUUAUUAACAUACAGUUUGUUACAUUUAAAGUUUUAGAUUGUUGGAUUCUAGUAAAGGUUUUUCAUGAGACAUUGCCAAAUGUUGGGGUGUGAAGUUCAAACCCUGAAACACAGCCUUACCCUUGUCAUUCAGUACUCAGAGCAGCAUUAAGUGUCAUUCAGUGAAGUUCUUUCAUAGGUGCAGAGUAACAGAAAAACUUUCUUAUCCCCUUGUGCAGUGGACAAGCGCAGUCUAUAUUAAAUUUGGUUGUCCAAAACCCAAGAGUUCUUGUGCAAAAUGUUUUGCCAGGUUCCUGAACCAUAUGGAGCUCAUUCAAACAAAUGAAAUGGCCAUGUUAUGGCAAAGUUAAAAGGAAUAUUUAACCUUAUUUUGUCAAGUAUGAGGCUUGCUUUUAUGACCUCAAGAUAAAUUUUAAUUGUCACAAAGGCCCGGGUUCUAGGUCUUCCCUGGCUACUAUGAGCAAGACCCCGAGUUACUUUGAGAGGAAACAAAAGGAAAAUAAUAGAAAGUAAAGACCAUCCCAGCUAUUUCAAUUUCCUGCCAUCUCUGUAACUGCAAAAACCUGGCAACUCGAAAUCGUAGUGGCAGCCCUGAACUUUUAAGUCCAGUUGUGGGUAGGUAAAAUUGUCGACCGUAGUCUGAUUUAUUUCAAGAUGAACAAAGCACAUAAACAACACAUGAUUUCCAGUGCUUGGCACAUUUCCCUUUCUCAUGAUCGACUGAGCCAGUUUGGGUUUUUAUUUUUGCAUAGAACUUACACGUACCUCGGGAAUCCUUUUGUUCCUUUUGACUUAUGUUUCCCCUUGGGCACACAGUGAUUUACCCAAGGUAAAAUGGCUAAUGUAACUGCACUUUUCCAUUACAUGUCACUGUCUAAAGUUGUCAACUGUGUAUACAUGCUGAAAAACUAAAUACUGAUCUAAUUGAGUUGUCUUCUUCUUUUUGCUUUUUUGUUUUAGAGAAGAAAAAUUGAAAAAACAUGAUGUAAGUGUUAUUAUACAUGUACAGUAGAAACUCAGAUAACUUGAAUUCCCUGCUAACUCAAACUACAUUUCCUUUCCGUUAAUCAAAAUUACAAGGAGAAAUUUGAUGUCAAUCACUCUUAGGGCUAAAAGGAUUAAGCUAAUGUGAAAGUACUAACAUUUGUAGACGUAGUGAACAGUAAAAGACAAGUAAAGGGAAGACUUGGUCAUGUAGUAGAAAUUCAUGUUUGCUGUUUGUCAUAAACGUGACUCUAAAUUUCUCUAUUGAAUGCCAACUGGCUGGUUUUCUGAAACAGUAGGCUGGGGCUUUUUUUGUAGAAAUUGUUUCUUGGUAGAAUGCCUCCUUUAAUUUCAGAGCACUUAAUCUUUAUUGCUGUAAUGAAGCACCCGACAUGUCUGAAGGAAUUAUUGUACACAAAAAACUGUCAUUGUAAGCAUCUCUGUAAGCUAGUUUAGUAUUUUAAGCCAAUAUUAAACUCAUCACCAAUAGAUGAACUUGGGUGAUGGUGCCUGCAAGGCUGGUAGAGCUGGGCAAUGCACUUGCCUGAAAAACAAUGAAGGAUUGUGGUUUUUUUUGGUGUCAAGUCUUUCUCUCUUUCACCUUCAUCAGGUUGGCGCCAUUAUAAUUACACCAACAAGAGAGCUGGCAAAACAGAUUGAUGAAGUUUUAAAGAAGUUUACAGAAGAUCUUUCACAAUUAAGGUUAGUUGCAUGACAGGUGAACAAAAAAUUAAUGUCAAUCAAAAAGAAGCUAUUAGCUUGUGAACAGGCUCCCAAGUAGAGCAGAGUGAAAAAGAAAAUAGAUGAGCGAAGCGAGUUGAGCAUGGCCUGAGUUAGAAAAAACGGCAGGGGCCCUGUAGACUGACCUGUUUUGAUGCCGCCCAUCCAUGAUACCAGAUUCUGGUAUCAUGGUCUGAUUGGUCAGAUCACUCACUGUUGACAAGUUAUUGAUGAGCAAUGAAUACCUGCGCAGGAUACCAACAUGCACAUGAAUGUUACUGGAGCUGAUGCAUUCAAGUGUAAAAAAAAAACAUCUUACUUUGACAGGUCUUACUGACAUGUUAUUGACAUAUGUGUUACAGGAUAAUUGCAAGUAAGCAGAUGAGUGGCAUCAAAACAAAGAAAGUCUAUAGGCUCCCCUGCCUUGGUUUGCCAAUUUUCUUUUCCAUCCCGCUCCAGUUGGGAGCCUUUUCGCAGGCUAAUAAGCCGCUGGAUAAGUGUGGUCAACUGUUCAACAAAACAUUUUUUGUAAAGAAAGUUUUUUCCUUGGUCUAUGAAAUUAAAAGUAUAUAUUUUCAGUCAAACAAAGUUUAUAGGUGGCUUUGUUGUGGAAUAGUGGUUGGUUUUUUUUAGUUGAGUCAGUAAUGUUGUGGUCAUGAAAAAAAAAAAGGCAAAAAGUGGAAGUGUUUGAAGUUAUAUUUGGGAAACAUCCAUAUGUCAGUACAUUAACUUUGAAAGCUACAGAAACAUAAAUAUUAAUGAUACAAGACAUUUUAAGAAAACUAAAUUAAUUUUGUAGGCCAAAAGCUCUCAACCUACAAAAAACUGAAAUUUCCUUGUUGCCCAAAGGUAAAAAGACACAAUGUACAUUGUCAUGACCAGGGCCACUGGACGUCCCCACAGUACAGACCUGUGUUAAAUUAUGCAUACAAUUAACAGGGGAAGCCAAUGGUUUAGCCCCAUACAUGUAGUGAGUUAGCCCCCCUUCUAGUUAUCCCUGUAAUAAAUCGAGUUUGCCCCAGGGUGAAUCAACACCCUUGAAGUUAGCCACAUGUAUUAAACGUUUUUUCAAAACCUAACCUGGUUAAAAGAGUUGUAAGGGUUAAUUUUAGACUUUCACACAAGUCCUUUGAAGUCACACAGUUCUGUUCUGUUGCUCCCUUGAGUAGCUCAAAAUGCUCGCUUGUGAGUGCUUUAGUUUUACUGACAGAAUUGCACCCUGUGUUAUUGAUAUAAAAAGGUAAACUUGAUGCAAGUCUUUGGCUCCCCCACAGCUGUUGUAGACUCACCGAAAAGCAGAAUUUGGAUGCGAGUAAAGAAGGGAGCUAACUUGAAAAGUGGCUAGUAGACCACUAACUCACUAAGGGGCGAACUAACUGAUACUCAUCAUUGGAACCAAAAUAAAAUACUCGUUUUAGUUAUGAAUAAUUAGUUUUAUAAUUAUUUGUACGACAUUUUGGUCUUGUCACAUUUAGUUUUACAUGUGUGUAUCCUGUAUCAUGGUAAUGCUAAUGAAUUUGCAUCCUAAAGUUAUAUGUUUUUUUCUGUUUGGGUCAGGCUUAAUACAGCUGCUGUAACUCAUUUUGUUUUUGUCUCUUCCUUGAAACUUGUUUUAUCUUUAUUCUUUUUUAGACAGUUGUUGCUUAUUGGGGGAGCAGAUCCCUUGGAAGAUAUACAAAAAUUUAAGUCAGAAGGGUGAGAAUGUGCCUAGAUAAUUAUUAAUUGUGUAUAAAUCUUUCAGUGGAGAAGUUAACAGUGGCUUAUUGCCACACAUUUGCAGAGUAUUGAAGAUGGGUACCUGGAAUGUCUGGGACCUCCACUGCAUGUACUUGUCAUAGGCCAGGCCGCCGACAGCUGUUCUUUUGGCUUGCAAUUCCCACAACACAGCCAUGAUCUGUACACUGAGUCAUCCUUGCACCAGUCCUGAUCUGGCUGGUGUUGACAGGUGGAAAAGGAAAGGGAUAGGGAGAGGAGGGAAGGGGCAGAAAUGGAAUUAUGCUAAGUGGACAAUAAAUUUAUUGCUCCACAGAAAUCCUGCCUUGCUUUGAUGCCCUGAACUACGCUUAAUCAUGCAGCUCGAAUGAGGGGUGCUCAGAGCAUUCUCCAGUGUUCUGUUCCACAAAACGCCCUAGACUCCAUUUAUAUGGAGAGAACUUGUCCUGAGCUGAACGGUCACCCUCCCAGCCGAGACAACUUGAGUGAGCGUCUAUAUGAGAAAAAAGUUGACUCCUCCACCAGAGCUAACAGCGCUAGCACAUGCCCUGAUUGUCUCACCUUGACUGAAUUAUAUGGAGAAAAAGUUGACCCGUCAAGGGGGGUGACCCUACCAUCACAAAAGGGUGACCCAGCUAGGUGGGUCACCUUUCUAGCCUAGCCAACUUUUUGUUUCUCAUGUAAAUGGUUUGCCUCGUUUUGGAAGGAAAUGCAUAAAAAAUUGACUCUCCUAGGGUACCUCAGGUCGAUCCUUCUACCCAGGAUGACUUUUCUCUGUAGGGGGCCUUAAACAUCUGCGCUGCUCUGUGUUGUUAACUCAGUUAAUAUGCAUGUAACUACAUUUAAAGAGAUCAACCACCUUAGCUUAUUCUCUUUCUCCAUUAGACCACCAAGAUCUGAUGUGGAAAAAAAAUAGACUGCACCAAUAACAACUUACUGUUAAUAAGGAAAAACUAUUUUGGAAAGUUUAGUUACAUUUAAUUUAUGGUGUACUUCUUUAAUAGGGGUCACAUAAUUGUUGGAACUCCAGGAAGAAUGGAAGAUUUAUUUGCUAGGAAAAAGGAUGGAUUAGAUCUCGCUGCUCAUGUAAGAUCACUGGUAUGUACAGCUGACAGCAAUAAGAUUUACAUGUAGUGUCUUUAUGAGAUUAGCUAGCAUUAUUGAUCAGUCUCCUCUACUAACAGUGUUUUAUAAGUAGACUUCAAACAAUUUGCCUCCUGACUCAUGUAAGCACCCCUUGGACCCCCACGUAUUAAUGAAACCACUGACCAGCAGUAGCUAGAUUCUAACUUUGCCUAAAUUGCAUUUAGACACACUCAAAAAACUUGCAACCUGCAUUGAGGUGUGGAAUGCCACAACCUGUUUUUAUUUCCAACAGGAAGUGUUAGUGCUGGAUGAAGCUGACAGAUUGCUUGAUAUGGGUUUUGAAGCAAGGUACACGAGAAAGCCUUUGUUAUGUACUACAGGAAUUAUUUUAGAAAUAUUUGACAAACAAUAGAUUAGCCGAAGGACUGGAGCCUUACUUAACCCAUUCGCCCCUGAACCGCCCGUAACCGCCCGUGCGGAUCCAGGUCCUUUCUACCCUUUGUGACGUUAUCAGUUUUAACGGUCAAGGACAACUUUCUUCGCUAUCUUGUGCAGAGUGAAGAGAUCUUUCAAACCAUAUCAGAAUGAGCACAAUUAAGUCAAGGACACCGGAGAAAGAAGCAAAAAACCACGUGACAUUGACCUGAAAAUCUCCAAGAAAAUCUUGUUCCACUGCCUACCUACCUUUCCUUUCACCUAAUCCUAAGAUCCUAAAAAAUUUCCUAAAAACUCUUCCCACCAAAAUGAAGCCUACUAAAUGCCCAGCAAGAGAAAAAAAAAUGAGGCAAGAAAAGUGAAAAAAGAAGGGAGGAGAGAAAGCGAAAAGUAAAAGUCAAGACUGCUGUGUCACUUUUAAUCUCAAAAACUAUGUCGAAAUUUGGCUUUCUGCGCAUGCCCGAACUUCGCAAGCUAAUAUUUUGCAUCUGGAUCAGAAGGCUGCCAAGUGUACGACCUGUAAACCGGUUUCUGGUAAGUUUUAGCUCUUUAUAGCACGACAGUGACCAGAAAACCACUCGACUAGCUUCAAAAUGCGUUUUUCGGCGAAAUCUCCAGGAGCGAAUGGGUUAAUUAUUUUAACUUAACAAAUGAAUGUGCAAUGUUAAAACAACUUUUCAGAGGCUUACAUGUAAAUAACUUGCCUGCAUUUGAUUAUACAUAUGUGAAUUUGCACAUUAUAAGUAAUUAAAUAAUAAUUAUUAUUAUUAUUAGUCUACAAUCUUGGACAAAAAUGUUCAUAAAAAUGGAUAUUAUCAUGUCUAGUUUCAAGAUAAAACUUUUGAAAGCACUGGCAACUGCAAAUACUCCCCCUUACCCCCAAAGAUGAUAACCACUAUUACUAUAAAUGUACAUGAAUAAUUAUUACUACAACUGUUUUUCUUUUUUUUUUACAGUUGUAUUUAGAAGCUUAUGAUAAUAUUUGUUACAGUGAUGUCAUUGUGCAUCACUCCACUAAUUUGAUAACAAAUUAAAGUGGGAAAAUAAAUGCCACCCUCAGUUGUUGUGCAUGGACUAAACAGUUAACAGUUAGUUAAAUUAGGCAAUCAAUAACAGCCUGUUCUAUCUUCCAGCCUAAAUGCCAUUUUGGGGUUUCUUCCAAAGCAAAGAAGAACGGUAAACUACUUUUUGUACUUCACUGUUUUAUUUUAAGAUUUCAAACUCAUUGUAAUAAACUGGUGUUAAGUUUUAACUGUCUCCUUUUGUUAUGGAAGAACUAAAUGAGAUCCUGGAAAUAACAAGCCCUAUAUAGCUAGCAUUUCAAAUUCCAUUAAAAACAAUUUUCGGCUCCUUGCUCAGAGGUCAUGAGAAAAAUUCACUGGAACCCACGUCCUUUUUGAAGUCAUGUAUGUUUUUCUUGUCACUGAAAGCCUUAAGCCAGUAACCUGCAAUGCACUUUGGGAACGAUUGAAGAUGUUAGACAAUAGAAAACUGAUAGAUGCUAUGCAACAUUUUAGUUUAGUAUAGAGUGUACAUGUAGUAUAAGCUGAGUCAUAACUAAAGAAUUGCUCUGCUAGGUAAGAAUCUGAGUGGCUGAAAAUGUUACUGAGAAACUAUUUUGCGGUUCCUUAAUUUUAAGACUGAGGCAACGACAUGGUACCGGAAAUUAUCGUAACCAUGAACUCCUAGGGCUUGGAAACACUUAUGUUUGUAUGCAUCAACCUUCAGUUGAUGAUGUUUUGUUACUUUAAAUACAGGGCCUUUUUUCUGCUACUCAGACUGACGAGGUUGAGGCUCUGGUGAGAGCAGGACUCCGGAAUCCUGUCAGAGUUACAGUGCGAGAAAAAUAUUCCAAUUCUAAGGUGGGUAAAACCAUCAGGCUUUUUGCCUGUUAUCUACCCCAGCCAUGGAUUUUUGAAGGCGUUCAAAAACUUAUAAGAGAUCUUACUUAUUAAGAUCUCUCAUAUUGAUAAGUUUUGCUUUACACGAUGGCCAAUUUUUAUGCGACAAAACGUGGGAUACAUCAGUCUUAGAUCAGGAAGGCUUUGUAAAUCCAGGGCCUAUUGGAAGAACAAUUACUCUCAUAGGCUAUACUUAAUUAGCAAUUGAUGAAUGCAGCUGAGUAGGAUAUGAAGAAUUAUGGAGAUCGAGGAGGGUGUUAUCGUGCAUGUUUAGAAGAUAAAGGGCUGUUCAGGUCUGCAAAUAUACUCCAAGUAGCAGAUGCUGUCGGUCGAGUUGUCUUCAACAAAAAAAUUUUCCGACCGUUUGGGCCUCCGUUUGGUCUAGGUAUCAAGGUUGGCAAAAUUGAAAGCGUCUAAGAAUUACUUUCGUUAAAUCCGUUUUGUGGUCUGUUGUAAUAACCAGCCAAUAGAGUUUGGAUUAAGAAGAUAGUAGCAGCUGAAUGGAUAGUUGGGGACAAUCUCUCAGUAACUUAUGACACUCUGCUUAAUUCUCCUUCCAAAUUGAAUCAAUUGUAUAUUGCUCACAUCUUGCAAAUAUGGUAAGUGCCAGUUGGUUAUGAAGAAUUAAAUGGGGGAUUUGAGCCAAUCACAAACAGAAAAAUAUUUUGAAUGAAUAAUAAUUGUCAUUACUUUGAUUUGUUAAAAAAAGAAUAAUAAUAAAAAAGUUUUGAAUGUAUUGAAAUAUUUAUUAGUGUUAGUGAGUAAUCUGUGUGCAAUAUGUUUCCACCAGUCAGAACAGAGGACUCCCCAUACAUUGAGCAACUUUUACACGGUAAGUUGACCAUAACUUGACCAUACAAGAAAAUAAUUAUAUGAUUACAGACCCUAAAUCUUGAAGUGUUGAUGGCAAUCCUAUCCCGAUGGCUUUUUCAGACAGUUCCAUGGAGCAAAUCCUUAGUAAGUCUUUCAAAAUACAAUUUAAUGGGUACAAAACGAUAAAAAUUAAUUUGAUACCUGCUGAGAUUCUGAGAACCUUGUUUAAACUCCUGCGCCAGCAGCAAAAAGUUCACUACUCUGAGACAGGAAGAAAUGCGGAAAGAAAAAAAAAAGACUUCCUUGGUUAAGAUUUCAUAUGAAAAUUUUCUGAGACCACAAUUUUGUAGGUACAUUUUCCCUCAUAAUUUAACCGUUAGUCUCCAAUAUCAUUACCCCAAUUUUUCUAAUUUCAGGGGCACCCAACGUCAAUUUUCGAAAAACAUCUGUUCGGAAGACGAUUUGAGGUUUAGAAUUUUCGGAACGUUUUUGGUAAAAUUUCUUACUUGUGACCUCUCCUAGGAUUUUCGAACAUCUAAAAGGUGGUAUGAUUGUCUAUUUUUAACGGAUUUUUACCCUAAAAAGGUCACCUAGAAUUUUCGGGAGCCUUCUUUCGGGCUGAAAUUUUCGAAAAGGUAAGUUUUGAUCCCUAUAAUUUUCGGAUCACUAGACUUUCAGCUAGGAAAUCCGAACAGAUGAAAAAUUUUUAGGGGAUAAAAAUAUGCCUAUAUCUACCGUUCAAAUACUAAAAUACGUUCAACAAUGCUAUUUUUAAGUGGUUUUGAACAUAUUCUCGAUGGGUGCCCCUGUAAUUUGGCCGCCAGAAAUUUCUCUUAUCAUUCAUCGGGUAACAUGUUUUUAGUGUUGUGUUCUGGGUUUUUGUCGCGUUUUGAGUCGCUUGAAGCUAACAUUCCCGACUCUCGUUUUAUUAUGUACUAGUCGGGGGGUAUCAACUUCAAGCGACUCAUAACGCCACAAAAACGCAGAACACGAUACUAAAAACAUACAGUAAGUUAUCUUUAUUCAUAUUUCUUACAUUAUAUCAACAUUUGGGAUCAAAAGGUGCAAACGUCUGUGUUUUAUGCAGCAUUUCUCCUGAUCACUUAAAUCAAGCCGAGCGCAGGCGUUACGAAAUACAUGCAGUAAAUGUAAGAGAUCACAAUCAUGUCGGGCGUGACAUCACGAUGCCUCGAACAGUUGGGCUAUUGUGAACACUGUUCGAAUAUAGUGAACCCUAUUUUAAGAGUACUUUAUUAAAGCAUUGAAGGUCCGCCUGUGCUUAAACAGAAGGUUCUGCAUCAUUCAUCGUUAAUGUCGGCACUAUGACAUGGAUCUGUGAUGUAAAACUGUGACUGAUUAGUAUGGAUUCCUUGCUUCCAAAAAAUGAAAAAAAUUUCCCCUCCCCUGGUAAAAUCAAAGCUCCCCUCAAGGACAUUGUCUGCCCUCAGUGAGCAACCUUACACAGUCCUGACCUCUAUAAUAUGGAUACUUAUAUCUGUUCCUUUCGUGCGCACAUUAAAGAUGUUUGAUUUAAAUCUUAUUUGCAGAUAUGCGAAAGUGACAGGAAGUUCUCAAGAUUAGUAGCUUUUUUGAAGGCAAGAAAGGUAUUGAUCUAUUGCGUCAAAUGCCGAGUUUUGUGCAACCGGUUUCCCAAUUGAACUGUACAAGUAUGUCUUUAAAUGCGUCACGACAGAAUACACUUUUCAGUGUUUGCUUCUUACAUUUUACAGACCUGCAAGAGUAUGGUAUUUUUCAGCACCUGUGCAUGUGUUAAUUAUUUUUCAAAGGCUCUUGAAAGGUGAGUUUGAUGCCCGUGGGAGCAUUAGUGCUUAACCAGCCUACUCAGAUACGUUUUGAAAUUUAAGACUAGUCACCCAAGGUGUUUUCCCCGCUAUUUCUUCAUGAAAGAAGACUUUUUUAAUUUUAUGCAGAGGAUCAGAAAAUUGCACAACCAAUAACAGUUUUUGAGUUCCAGUAGACUUGCUUAAAAAAACCAGAUUCAAAGUCACGAUCCCAAAAAGCGGUUAAAGAACCUAGACCCCUGGUUCCCAGCUCUCAGUUCUUGUUACCCUGAAACGGCAAGAGGAUAGAGCCUGGUAACGAAGUCACAGAGUUUUUACCUGGUAACUUUUGAGACCAAGGAACUUUUAAUGAGUACAUCUUAUUUAAAUGGUUUGACAGAUAUUGCGCGUCGGUCUUGUACCUGUUCAAUUCUUUUUUCCAAGCCUUGUGACUUUUUCCCUAAAUAACUUCUUAGGUGAAUAAAAGACUUACCUUUUAAGUUUCUCUUUUUAUUUAUUUAGAUAUAUAUAUUUAUUAUGUAACAUUUGGCCAAAUGUCAAAGGAAGAUGUUAAGGAAAUAUCUCACUGUUUUAUAAUAUUUGGAUAUUUCUUCCAGGCAUCAUCCGUUUUUAGUGUCGUCACGCAACGCUCCUCUUGUGGAGAGGAGCGUUGCGUGACGACACUAAAAACGGCUGUGUAGCAGAUUAUCAUCCAUUGGGCGCGUUGGAUUUGUGAUGGUAGGGAGGUGCAAACUUGGCUGGGGUCGUAGAUUAACCCCUCCUCCGUCCCUAUCUGGAGUAACCCCACUGAGGGGUCACUGUUCCCUGAUUAACCCUUUCACCGCCAGAGUGCUUGAUGGAGUUGGAAAUUUGGUCGAAAUUUGCUUUUGGCUAAAUUUGGCAGUGAAAGUGUUAACACAGUGGGGUCGAAACCGCCCUAAGGCUAUAACUGCAAACAAUUGUCAUUGCAGACUUCUCACAAAUGUCAAUGUGCUGUCCAUCCAUGGAAAAAUGAAAUCCAAAAGACAUAAAGUUUUUGAUUCAUUUAGAACGUUAUCAAGGUAAGUAAGGUGGGAAGUAGUCUUGUACAAACCAAUGAUAACUGAGCGAAACACAAGAACAUGAAACAUGAGAGCAGUAAAAGUUGUUCGUGCGAAAAAAAGGGCAAGAUUCCAGAACCACAGAAAGUGUAGUUCUGCGACGUGAUAUUCAAGUCAAGUCAUUAUGGGGUCCUUACAGAAUGGCCCUCAAAUACAAAAACAUGUUCUCAAUGCCAAACUCGGAACUCGGGCUUGCUUGAGAGGGGUACUAUGGCAAGCAUAACUGACGAAAAUGGAAUGAGCUCCAUACGACGAAACGACUGGCCAACAGCACUCUCUGAUGUUCACAUUAUUUGAACAUAGUUUAUCAGAGAACCAUUUGAUCCCUCAAGUUUUAGUUAAUGAAAUUAUGUUUAUGUUUAAUUUAUGUAAUAUGUAAUAAACCAUUGUCGUACUCUUGACGAUGAACUGAAAUGGCUUGUAAAUGAAGGGGUUAGUUUCUUAGGAAACUCAGCGGGCUGCGACGAUGGGAAGUGAAACUCAAAACAGUUUUUGGUUAAGUAGCUUGUAGUCGAGGCUCAUGUUUUGAAAUCGUUUAGUAAUAAAUCCAUGAUUGUAGUCCUAAAUGCACACCGCAGAAGCACUGACUUCAUUGAUAAAUGGGCAUGAUACUAUAGGUGUUGUUAAUGAAGUCGGUGCACGUGAAGGUAAUUAUGGAUCUGUUAUCUCUUUAUGGUAUCUCCUGGAUUAGCGUCGACUGCUGGCUAGCUCCAGACCGUCGUUUGUGAUCUCUCUGUGCGGUGUUGCUUUUCUUUUUUUCAGUGGUGUUCUUGUAUGUACAGACGUCAUGGCCAGAGGAGUAGACAUACCAGAAGUGGAUUGGGUCGUUCAGUUUGAUCCUCCUAGCAGUGCUAAGUAUGAAUAUGCGCAUUCAGCUUUUGUUAUGAAAUCCACGAAAUGUUUCAGUUCCAAACAUCUUACGGGCUUAAGAAAAAGAAAUCUUUUUGUCUCAGCCCUCCAAACAUGCGUUGUUCGGCUCAUUAAAAGAAAAAACAGUUUAAGACAUCAUAUUAAAGAUUAAGAUCAAGAGAAGUUCCUCGUUUUCCUUGAAAUGAAUUGAACAGCGAUUCCCUUAGCGGGCAUAACAAUUUUCUCGUGCGACAGAAAGCUUCAGAAUCAACGCCUUUUUGCGCUUGCUUGGUUGUCUUCACUAUUGUAUUUGAAAAUCUUAUAUUAAUUCAUAUGAAGUUACGAUGGGCUAUUUUGCAAACAGCAUAAUAUUUGGCAGGUCACGUGCAGAAGUAGUGUGUCCAGUAAUUCAAUCAACUGAGUAAUACUGAAUAGAUGCGUCUGCUUUCUAACGAAAUUGUUUUCCCGCUCUUGGUGCCCGCCAUCUGUAUUUGCUUCAAGAUUUGAUUGAUUAAUUGUCUGUUAGUACUCUACUUUGCGAGAACAAUCAUUUUGAUUUUGGUUUUACUACACUCCGUGAAAACUGCUCUUAAAAUUCUCAUUGUGCAUAGUAUGAGCAUUUCUACCUAUGUCACUUUACAGUGCCUUUGUUCAUCGCUGCGGAAGGACGGCAAGAAUUGGCAACCAAGGUAAUAUUCCACAUCCAAAACCCCCGUCCACAUUAACAGAAAUGCUGUUAAUGGGUCAGUUGGCUUGUCACGUCGGCAUGUUGGGUGUCCUCAGUUUGGCUUGAGUUAAAAUAACAGGAAGUUUAAGAUUAUGAUUAAGUGGCUUGUAGUGACAAGCACUUCGCUUUCGUGAUGAGCAUCUCGAAAAAAUGCUUUGGAAAUUUAACACAAGAGGUUUACGUUUUUAAAUUUUUAGGAGGAAGACCAAUUGCUAUUUUGUACGUGCGACCAAGAAAAAUGUUGAAAAAUUGGUCUUUAUGCAAGUCAAGACCGUCUAAGUCCAGGGAGACUUUUGCUAAAGACGCAUCGUUUUCUAAUCCGUCAAUAUGACCGCUUGAGAAUGCUUCCACCAGUACCACUUCGAUUACUGGAUAGGGGUUACCUACUAGAGUACCCUCUCUUCUAAAAUAAUCAGUUACGAUGCUUAAAAAUGCUCUUGAAUGCUUUUGCUCUUUUAAGAAGGAAGCAGCUUUUUAAGAGGCUGUGUCACGGCCUUGUAGUUCAUUUUGUAACCGUUAAUGAAGAAUUACUUGCCAAUGACAAAAUGACACCUUUAUGCCCCAAAAAAUAUGUUUCCCAUGCACUAUAUCAAACGUUACGAAAAAAAUAAUUAAGCUUGUAAAAACUGUUCAGUAGACUUUAAAGUUUUCAAAACCCACGAUUGCAAUCCGUUUGGAUCUCCAAGUUUUUUUAUCCCUGCCUUUUUUGUUUGUGCUGUUAUUUAUUGCCUAUUUUUUGUCUUUUAACGGCUUGAGCGAUUAUUUUAAUGUUUCUCGCAGUUAGUGGAAGUUCUUAUUGUUUAAAAUUUGAUGAAUGUCGUGACGCACUGUUUAAAAAACGAGCAGGAGUGUAUUCUCGAGGCGAAGCUGAGAGUUUUUAAACCUGAUAAUACACGCCUGCGAGUUUUUUUGAACGGAUUCAAAAUCUCUAAUAUGGAUCAAAUCAUUCUUGCACAAAUAUUCAGAUUUUGAGGUUGUUUCCCAUUUCCUACUGAAUUUGGAUUUUCUUUUUUAUUUAAUAUCUAAGUAGUUUAUAGUAUAGUUAUGUAUUAGUUUUCUAUUCUUAAUUGUUUUAUCUUUUCGUUUUGGAGGGCAGUUUUUAUAUGGGAAUUCAGUUUCCCCCUAUUGCUUUCCUUUACCUAUUGUACUUUAAUAUAUGUAUAUAUAUUUUUAUUUUGUACAUUGGUAAAAAGAAUUAUUAAACUUAAACUAUUUUGGUCUAAAAGUGGACGUAAAGUUUAGCCGUGUCUUUAUCAGAUAUGAAGACACUCAUGAAACAUUAAUUUCUUUUGUUUUUGUUUUUUUUUAAUUAUUAAUGAGUUUUUGAAACAGUUCGUAAAGUGGAACGAUUUGUUGAACUUCGUCUUCUAGGAAAUGCUUUGUUAUUUUUACUUCCUGCCGAGGAGUCUUAUGUCGACUUUAUGUCUAUUAACCAAAAGGUAUGUUGAGGUUCUCACUUUGUUAUGUUAAUUCUAACGCGACUUGGGACUUGAAGACUUUGUGCUAAAAGAGCAAGAUAUAGCCUGAAAAAACAGCCGAAAUCUAGUUGCAGUGCGAAAUGACCUCUGAGAAUCGAGCGCAGAAAUUCCCUACUGAUGACGCGUCACUACCCAGAUCUGGGUGAUGCCUUUGAUUGGCUGAAGCAAAUUUUGCACGUGGCACGACCAAUCAGAAGCACUGCCUACAAUGGAGGUCAAAAGUGUUGGGACCUUUCCAGUGAUAUUACUAAAACUAGUGACCCCUCCCCUCCCACCCCAAACAAAGUUGAAUUUGGCGCAAAAUGGGUGAAAAUGAGUGCUUUGUUUGGCCACAUCAUUGCUAGGGGAAGUGAAAGGACGACGGUAUAAACCCAAAGCCGAACAAAAAAUUGUCCGUAGGAGCAGAGUCCUACGUAACAAUUGCUUGGAAGGGCUUUUCACACAGUCCCAAGUUCUUUUGUCCUCCAUUGUAGAUCUGGGUAGUGACGCGUCAUCAGUAUGGAAUUUCUGCGCUUCUGUCAUUACGCGAAGAAACCAGUGGUGGCGUCGCGAAAUGUCGGCUUUUUCAGGCUAAGCAAGAUAACGUUGAUUCCUUGUCUGUGUCAUCCUCUAGGAAUUAAAAAGAGCUAGAAACACCCUUUACUGUGAGAGUCAGUUACCGUAUUUAUUCGAUUAACCGCCCUGGGCGCUUAUUCGGGGCUGGGCGCUUAUUAAAUUUUAAACAUUUUCAGCAAGAGUAGUAUGUUUAGUUUGCAACAAAACAAUAAAUGGUAAUAACAAAACUAAUUUUUUAAAUUUUUUUUUUCAAUUUUGGGGGGUUGGGGUGGGUUUGGUCGCUUAUUUGAGUUUGAGUGGGAGUGUGAGGGAGGUGGGGUGGGCGCUUAUUAACUUUUUCUGCCUUUAGGAUGGGCGCUUAUUUGAGGUGGGCGCCAAUUCGAGGUUGGGCGCUUAUUCGAAUAAAUACGAUGUGUGACAUCGUAUUGCGUAAUAUCAAAAAGGCUGUAAAUAUAAGGAUAUGUAUGUGGAACCCCUGUAGCAUAUUUAAGAAGAUAAUUAUGCGCACUAUUCUUUUAAAAAGCUUCACCUUAUCUUCGUGAUGUGCUGGCUGCUCCUUGUGUAAUUAUUUCCUGAUCCUCUGCGUUUUAAGCAGUUCUUUGUUUCCCAUUUUCCCAUCAAAUCCUUAUAAUUAAUUGCAGCGGCUUAGAUAUUACAUGGUAAUCCGGUACCGUACUUUAGCCUAACCGACUCUCACACUGAACUUGAAUGUCUGUGAAAUGGCAUGACGCGAGGUAUAACAGGUUUUAAUAACUUUCUUAUCGGAAGGACACUGGGUACAUUUCUUUGUGAUGGUUGUGGAUAGCACGUGACCACACGUCUUAACCUUGCUUCCAAACAGGUACCUCUCGACUUCUUGGAAAUAGAAGAUAAUUCUGUGGACGCCACACCUAAGUUAAGGAAAAUGGCGUCCAAGGACAGGUAGAUGAUUCGCUUUUUAAUCCUAUCCGUUAUGAUGUUGUUGGUUGCCUUUUAUAGUUUAACUAGAAUGGCUUGGAACGUAAUGUCUAAGGCUUACUCGGGCAAAACUAUUAAGGCUCUCACUCGCAUCUCCUUCCGCGUGCGGCUCUCGCCUGUCUUCCUGCGACUCCCCCAAAUAGAGACUUUGCUCGCUGGCUCGAGGAGUACGACCUGAAUUUAGACUCUACCUAUUAGGUAUCAGUAUAAGCUCCCCCUUCUGAAGCAUGCGGCGUAAACAUUAUCCAAGCGAAAUACAGACUUACAGACAUGUGGUCACGUACCGUACAGAUUUCAUCCUGUACCGUAUAGAACUACUCCCUGUCACGUGUGUCUUCGUAAAUUUAUUUAUCGAGCGUUUCAUUUCUUUAUUUAGGGAUGUUUACGAAAAGGGAAUGAAGGCAUUUGUUUCGUUUAUACAGUUCUACAGAAAGCACGAGUGCAGUCUGAUCUUCCGAUCAGCGGGUAAGAAGAUACCGUAAACUUCCGCUAAAAAGCCUGGCUUUUUACAACUUUGUGACGGGUUUUAGGAGGGCUAAUAUGCUGUUUCAGUAGCAAGGGUGGCACAGUAGGUUAGUGCGCGGUCUUCGGUGUGCGAGGUCCCGAGUUCGAUCCCCAGUGAAAUCACAUCCUUGUUUCAACUUCUCUCCUUUAUGUUUAGCUUUGACUAGCUUUAAAAACCCUUAAAACGGAGCAUUGAUGGAGAGAGGGGGCAAAAAUGAGCGCACCGUUGACCUAUUACUGCCACGAGUUAUCGACGUAAAAUAUGGUUGCAAAUAUGGAAGAGAAAAACUUGUUCUUUAAUUAUAGCUUUUAUUUUGAUUUAAAAUUUAUAACAUAAAUAAUGUAGGUAAUACCAUGUACUCACGUGGGAAUACUGAAAUAAAGUUGUUGUUGGUUGCUUUACCUUCUUACCUAUUUCGGUCAGUUGGAGACAUGGAAACAGUUUCUUCAAUUAGUACUUUAAGCACAUUUUCAAAUGCAAAUGAACAGAGACGAUAAACAAUAUAUAUAAAAAACGAAGGUGAGAAACAAUACCAUACAAUAGUAUUGUUUCUCUCCUCCAUUUUUUUUUUAUAUAUAUAUCGUUUAUCGUUUCUGUUCAAUUGCAUUUUGUAAUGGUCACUAUAAUGGUCACUUGUCACCGCCGAAACGUCAUGUUUUUACCACGCCAGUUUUUGCGUUUAAAUGAUUUACGAAAUCUUUUGUUGCCAAUCACUACCUUUAGCGCUUAUAGGACGUUUUCACUCACGUGGUCAGCAUCUAUGCUAUAUAAUUUAUUGGAAGAAAAGAAAGUUUUUACAUAAGAACAGAAUUCAACUCCCACAGGAUUGUCUAGGUACACCAACAUGGCCGCCAUUUCAUUGUUGUAGAACACCAAUAUGGCCGCCGUGACGUCACGUUCUAUUCGUUGGCACUCAAAUAAAGUGUAUUGGUGGUCUCAUUGGAAGUUCCUACCAUUCAUACACUCGAUAGUUCUGAAUGAUUUGUUUGUGUGUUUUCGUCUAGAUUUAGAUCUUGGGAAGCUAGCUACAGGAUUUGGCCUUUUAAAAUUGCCUGUUAUGCCGGAACUGAAGGACAAAACAGUAGAAUUCGAGCCAGUGGAUGUCGAUGUUGAAAAGAUAUGCUACAAAGACAAAAACCGGGAAAAACAGAGAAAAAGAAAACUGCAGGAACAGCAGGACUCUAAGCAGGGCACUACGCCUCAGGCAAACACGAAAAGGAAGAAACUGGGGCGUGAUUCCGUGCCCUGGUCGAAAAACAAAGAAAGGAAAGUAAAAAGAGAGAAGAGAAAGGCACGUCGUGAGUUUCUGAAGAAGCAACGUCAAAAACAGCGACUUGAUGAAGAUGAACUUGAGGAUCUAGCACGUGAGGCCCGUCUCGUCAAAAAACUGAAGUCUGGAAAAAUUAGCAAAGAAGAGUUUGAGUGCCAAGUUGGAAUUGAAGAUGAAGACACUUAAGGCUUUAGACCGGAAAUAGGCCACCUCAUUAGUGUCAGAUCUGGCGGCUGCGCGCUUUUGAGCCCAGAUAUAGUUAAACUUCCAUUAAGCGGCCACUCUUGGAGUACAGGCAAGUGGCCGAUCAAUGGAGGUCGGCCACUCAAUGGAGGCUCGUCUUAAAUUAGCAUAAUCUUUGGCAAAAACAUCACUUUAUUUCAAAACAAACGCGCUACGGGAGAAGCAUAACUGGUCCACAGUCGGUCGUCAACUUCUAUCUCGGGCUGUAUCUUCCUUCAUCGUAUUCUUAGAAUGUAGCCAAACUAAGUCUAUCAAGCGUUUGAUGGCCGCUAACUAGAGGUGACAAUGGGAGAACUCUCGUUGGUACGGCUAAAAGGUGGCUGCGGCCGCUUAAUAGAGGUUUAUUUUCCCAUUUUUUGUACAAUUAUUCCAGGACUUAAGUUACUUGCCGCUUAAUAAAGGUUUAACUCAAAAGUAGGUUGAGUUUGAUCGUCCGGGUGAGCGUAGUCCUUAAUAGGACUGUUGUUGUUGACAGUGACUGGC